AUGAAAGCCGACUUUAAUGCUCGAGGCAUUCCUAGUACUAGCCCGGGCACCAGUGGUCAGGAAUUAGGCUCGCCAGCUGAUAUCCAGCGCCCUCGGUCAGCACUGCAUUCUGGCGACUUUCGAGAAGGGACCCGUCAAGAUCCGCAACCACUGCCGCAGUCACCGCUACCCGGACUUGAUGCCGGCUCACGUUUCCCCCUGCUGGGCUCUUCCCCAACUGCUCCCUGGUUCACGGCCCCGGUUUUUGCAUCGCCCACGAGGACGCAACCUGUCACAGCCAAUGUGUCUAAUGAAAACGCGAGGCCACCAUCCCGCACGCGGGCACCGUCCGUGGGCUCCUUCUCUUCUAGCUACGUCCUAAAGGCGCCGACAAGCCCUCUCGUAUACCAGGCGAACAAUACCGAUUUGGAUUUUUCCGCCAGGACCGAUUCAACUGAGCAGCUUGGUCCCUUGGAGAAGGCCAGCCGUCGUCGUACGCUGCCGCCAGAGACUUUCCGGCACCUUCAAUCGUCGCCCACAACCCAUCGAGGAGCGUUCAACUUCCAGUCCAGCCAUUCCUCCGGGAAAUGGGAUGAGCCGCUCCCGUUCCACCAUUCAUCUUCAGUACAAAGUCCAUCCCUCAGAACCAGGAGGCCCUCACUUGUUUCGGAGAAGUCUUCCAGACCGCAUGCUCCAUUGGUUGGAUCCUAUGAAGAAUCUAUCCUACGUGGGAGAAUGUCGAUGAACCCAUCAAAGCCACUCGAUUUCACCGCGCAAAUAGGUGUGUUGGGGAAAGGCAAAUGUAAAGCGAAUCUCAAGUGCCCACCCCACGUCACAAUUCCGUUUCCGGCAGUUUUCUACAGCUAUCCUACUUCGGGUAGUGGUCGCUCGAUUUCGGACGAUAACCCUAGUCCUUAUGUUGGCUUGAUAGACUUGGAGAACUCUCUUCCAAAGGACACAGCAGUUACGAGUCGACGUCGCAGGCAUCAUCAUAGCCCCGCAGAGGUCUGCGGUGAAAUGACAGACAAUCCACCCCCGCCUAAGGCUAAUGACCAAGAUGCUCUCCGCAGACGAGAGAAGAGACACAGGAGGGCCGAGUCGCCCAAGUGUCCGCCCGGGGGCUGCUAUCGAAUACCUCAACAGGGUCAGCUCCAGGUCAUGAUAAAGAAUCCGAACAAGACAGCUGUUAAAUUAUUUUUGAUUCCAUACGAUCUCAGCGACAUGGAACCUGGAACCAAGACAUUUAUUCGGCAGAGAAGCUAUUCAGCGGGCCCUGUCAUCGACAUGCCGUUGACUGCGCGGAAGAACUACGGGACCGAUCGUCCAGAGGCAUCCUUAAGCUCAUCGGAGGAUCCAAAUGACAAGCCCACCCUGAGGUACCUGAUACAUUUGAACAUAUGCUGUCCGUCCAAGGGCCGUUUCUAUCUACACUCAAGCAUCCGUAUUGUUUUUGCUAAUCGAGUCCCUGACGGCAAAGAAAGGCUCCGGAAUGAGAUACAACAUCCAGAGCCCCGAUAUGCGCCGUAUAAGCCUGCUCGUGAUGUCAAUCAGACGCAGAUGAAUACGAAGCUAGUAACGGAUAGAGGAUGCCGAAGACCAGCUGCUGAUCAAGGAUCCAUUCCAGCUUCAUUGCCCGAUCUCCCUUCCCCGUGUGGGCGGGAGGGCCAGCCUGCAACACCAAUGCCAGUCAUUGAAGCGCAGGCCGUCUCUAGUAACUUGAAGGAUGCCCGCUCGGGGCAGCGAGCUCCUCAUCCGUUCCGGCCCAUUCCGUCCCUAAGGGAAGAAGUGCUUCCCCUGCAUGACCAUGAUGCAGCCGAAACCUAUCAAACUGGUAGUGGAUCGUAUAGUAAACUCACCAAAGGAGACCAUGGAUACGGUGGCUAUCCAUUCAGCCCCAUGGGCGGCUCCGAAGCCGGCGAGAGCCUACUCGCCAAACGACUGAGAGGACUAGAUGUACAAAAGCAUAAUUCAUCGGGCAUGGAUUAA